CACGACACGAUCUCGCCGCGCCCCACCGCGUCCCGCACCGCGUCGUUUCGCUUCGCAUGACCUCGUGCAGUAGACACGCGACGAACGCACGUAUUGUUGUAUUAAAUUUUAAACCGGUAGAACUUUAUAAAUCGUGAUUAUUACUUCUUAAUAAUAUAAUUUGAAGUGCGUAAUUGAAACAUUUAUAGGAAGAGGAAUAAGUUUGGCAGUUUGGUUUGGGGUUUUGUCUUUGUUUUGAAUACUACCUUACUACUAUCCACCGAGGAGUUUAAUUACGCAAUUUUGAAAGAUGUAAAUUGUCUUAUACGCGAUUAAUACAUUGAAGUUAUGACGAUGCCAAGGAAUAAGAAGAUUUUAGAAGAAAUUCACCCAUUAAAUAUAAUAAAAGAAGUGCAAAAAUGGCCAGUUUUGUACGAGAAAGACAACACGGAGAGGACAAACUUUUAUUUUAGGACCAAAGUAUGGAUGGAAGUCGCAAAAUCCUUAAUCCCUGACUGGGAAGAAUUAAGUGAAAUUCAAAAAGAAGUUAAAGUGUCGGAUCUAAGCAAGAAGUGGCGUAACCUUCGCGAUACGUUUCGAAGACAUGUGGAAGCUGAACGGCGGGCGCAGCGCACCGGCGGCGGAACCGAUUCUCCGCGGCGGCCAUACGUCUACUACAAACACAUGUCAUUUCUGAUGCCGCAUGUCGUUUCGCCGUCCGAUACAGGAGACAUUAUAGACGUCCCCGCGACCGAAACGCCGCGGCCACCAGAGCCUACACGCCUCAAGAAACGCAAGCGCAAGUUACAGCCAUGCAGUCAACCGAAGGCAGAGAAGAUAGAUGAAGACAAACAUUUUCUUAUGUCUCUGAUUCCCUCUUUUAGAAAGAUGUCAGACAAUGAGAAGCUUACAGCGAAGGUGGAAAUACUUAAAGUCAUUCAACAGGUACGGAGUUCAAAUGCGGGCAUAGAGUUUAGGAGCGCAGAUGUAUUCAUCGAGGAAGGGACAGAAGAGGGCAGUGGAGGGGUCAAAUUAGAGUUGCUACCUGAAGGGCAGGGCGAACCCAGCUAUUCAGACACCGAUGACGAUGAUGAUUUGAGUUCCUAACUCUUGGUAUACAACACACACAAAUUUGUAUUAUAUUGCUACUGAUUACAGAGUGUUGAACAGUUAUGUCUGAGCUGUCAACUCACAGUUUAAUACUCUUUGUUUUAUUUAAUCUCGAAGUGUGAAGUGACAGCGUUAUUGUCGCGCUGAUGUGUCAUAUAGUUAAAACAAUAACAUGAAAGUAUUGAAAACUUUCACGGCAAGUCACACGUAAGCUUUCAACCUAGCCCUACGCUUAAAUAUGGUAUACAUUCUGGACGAGUGCCCCGUGAUGCAUUCUUGCUGCUGUUGUGUUCCACUACGAGUGGCAACAAUAGCGAGUGGCGUUGUCGGACUGAUAGGCGCCGGAGGGUUUUUGUGGGUUGGUAGCACGGAAGGUGCGCGCCGGCUGGCAUCAAGCGGUGUAGUGGGAACAUCACUGCUAAAGCUCGUGCGCUAUUUCUGCGGAGCGUCAGGUGUGCUCUUGGCAGCUGCACACGCACUUCUAAUAGCUGCCGCUGUUCACGAAAGCGACGCAUUGUGCGAGGUGUACAUUUGGUUCAUGGCGGUAUGGAGCGCGGUAUUAUUUGCACUGACGGCGGCAGUGAGCGUUCAAGCAGCUCUUGCUUCAUUCGAAGCCUCUGCGUUCUCUGCGCUUGCCUCCGCUCUCCUACUCAUUGUAAUAGUCUUUCUUCUCAUUGUUAUCGUAGCUAAUUAUAGGAUGACUCUACCGUAAAUAUAAGAUGGAUUCAAUUAUACUUUAUACUAUUUU